AUCUAUUGCAGUUGCUGACAUCCCAAGAGCAAACUUCAAAUUCAGUUUAAUUUGUCAACCUUAAGUCUUUCAACACAGACCCUUAGCCACAUCAUUCAACCAAAAACCCUAGGUUAAAGCUAUCAUUCUUAUUAUUACUUUUAUUAUUAUUCUUAUUAUCACUAUUAAUAUUACUAUUAUUAAUAUUAAUAGUAUUAUUAAUAUUAUUAUUAUUAUUAUUUCUAUUUUAAUAUCAAUAAUAAUGAUAUUCAUCACAAUCAUUGUUAUAUACUCCCUCCAUCCCGAAAUGGUUCGCCAAAUUAAAUUUUUUUGAUCAAUGACAAACAACUUUGGACAAUGUUAAAAUAUGUUCCGAUAUAGAUUUCAAUUAUCUUUGUUUAAAAGCACACCUUUGAAUAAUUUUAGAAUAGAUAAUUAUAGGUUAUGAAAUUAGUCUAAUUUGGAUACUUUUAAUUAAAUGAAAUAACUCCUAAUAUUUGAACAAAAAUAAAGAUAAUAGAUAUAAAAUUGUGACAUAGUAAAUUUUAGUGACUAUAUCUACUUUCAAAUUCCAUAUAAUAGUGAAAAAUACUAUAAGUACCAUGAAUUUGUACACCCCCUAAUUGACCGUGUACCCAAACAAUUAAUUUGAAAAAUGACUGGAUUUUCUGUCAAAAUGUGUGUACACAAACAGUGUACACUUUGUGUACAAAUUAUUUGGGGUACACCGAGGAUGCCUCUAUAAUAGGAGUAACAAUAAAAGCAUACUUAACCUUGGUCACAUUUUUUCUUAAAUUUAAUAUUAGUAAUAUUUAAUAAAAAAUUAUUUUAAAUUUUAAAAUUACUUUAGUUAGACAGAAAACUCUAAAGGUUAGUGCUCAGCUCGAAACAUAGUGCAAGUUAAUAAGGAUUGAAUUGAAACAAAGCGCAGAUAGAAUUGGAUUGUGGCACAUGUCAGAUAAAACUUAUCGUUGAGGAAUUUGCUUAGGGGUGAGAAGUAAAAGCUGAAAACAGAGAGAGACAAACCAGGGUAGCAACAAAAAGUUUCUAGCUCUCAUCCUACGUUUUUGCCAUACUACAACCUAUCAAGUGGUCGGCAGCAACACAUAUAUCUAAAGACAAUCCACCUCUCUCCCCAGUUGCUUAAAGAUCAUUGAACCCUUCAACGAAGGAGCAAUGGAAGGACAAGAAAUGCACUUGGUGUUACUUACGGUGGUUGUAUUUGCACUUGUUUGUGAUGGACGAAUGGUGAGUUUCAAUUCGGAAAAGGCAAUCCCAACAAACAGUACUAAUUUAAUAAGCCUCUAUGAAGAGCAAGAUAGAGUUGGAACUUCCAUUAUCAACACUUCUACUCCAAUUACUUUUGGAUGUGCAACUCAGCGGCAGGGCGAAGAAAGCCAAACUGCAACACUUGAUGGAGUAUUGGGAUUGGGCAAUAACCAAAUGUCCGCCGUAUUCUCUCACUGCUUCAAAAGAAUUGGCGGCGGAUCAUUUGUUCUUGGACAGGUUGUGGAGCCCAAUAUUAUUUACACUCCAAUUGUGCCCGGUGCAAAUUACCGUGUGGAGCUCCAGAGUAUUUAUAUAAAUGAGCAACUAGUACCAAUUGAUCCGCAAUCAUUUGGUACAAGCAAUGGAGGAACUCUAAUAGACUCUGGAACCACUAUGGCUUACAUUGUGAUGGAGGCAUAUGAUCCUUUUGUUAAUGCUAUCAACCAAGUUUUGUCAAGUAAUGUGCAUAUCUAUAAUGGCGAGGGUAGGCCAUGUUAUUCCUCCACAUCCAGUGUUUUUACCAUUUUUCCAUCUAUCCGUUUAAAUUUUGCUGGGGGUGCAUCAAUGAUUCUCAAGCCUAUAGACUACCUUAUACAUCAAGAUUCGGUGGAUGGAACUAGUCACUGGUGCUUGGGAUUUUUAAAAUCCGAAAAAAUUUCUGUCUUAGGAGAUCUUCUUCUCAAAGAUAAGAUCGUUGUUUACGAUUUAACUAAUCAACGGAUCGGAUGGACCGAAUACGACUGUUCUCAACCAAUCGAUGUAUCAAUAAGGAAGCCCAACAGCACUAAGAGGCACCCUUCACACCGUUUCCACCGGACCAUAAUACUGCUAUUUUCUGUAUUAUCAAUUUUAUUCUUCUUGCUUUUACUACUGGCAGUACUAGCUUGCUUAAAUUAUGUAAAGCAAAACAUGUUGGAGUCAAUGUCAUGACGAGCACUUUGUCACGGUGCGUCAAAAUAAUUCGAUACUAACACUUAUACGUAGUAUAGGUGAAGUAGAGUUCGUAUCCACAGGGAAAGGAAUACUUCUCUUUUUAUAAAACUAUGUAAAAAAAGGGAGGGAUUUGGAUUGAAUGAUUUGAUUUAAUCAGAAACUAAGAUGAACGACUUAUAUGAGAUUUAAUUC